AUGUCUCAAGAACCUGGGAGAAUCACCAAAUUCAUCCAGUCCACCUUUGGGUUUAGGAAAACUACCUUGACGGCAUUGGUGAUAAUCUCGUACAUUGCUACCAUCCUUGUCAAUCUAUAUUUCGAUAAAGUCUCCCUCACUCCCCCAGAGCCUGCUCCACGGAUACUGAGCACGGCGUGGUUGGACCUGCAAACUAUCUCAACCCAUUUCCAUCCAUACACAUCCCACGCUAAUGAUGAUGUCCAUGACUAUUUGCUGGAAAGAAUCUCUACCAUUUGCGCAAGGAAAAGCUAUAUGGAGGUUGAUGACGACUAUGACAAACUGAAAUUCAUGGUGAACCAGCAGGACGUCUUUGACCCAGAGUCACUUGCAAACAGAAUUAUCUACUUUGAAAGCGGCAACAUUUUGGUGAAAAUUGAGGGCAAAAGCCCCGCUUUGCCUGGUAUUCUGGUAAGCUCCCAUUACGACUCUGUGCCGACAGCCUAUGGUGCCACCGACGACGGAAUGGGCGUGGCAUCCAUGUUGGGCAUCCUCGAACAUUAUUCUUCAGAUGAGACUGACCAGCCUGAACGAACUAUCAUUUUCAAUUUCAACAACGACGAGGAGUUCGGGCUGUUGGGAGCAGAAGCGUUCAUGAAACAUAAGUGGGCCAAACUCGUGAAAUAUUUCGUCAAUUUGGAGGGAACAGGAGCGGGAGGAAAGGCAAUCUUGUUUAGAAGCACCGAUGUGGGAGUGCUCAGCUACUAUUCUGCCGCAAGCAGACCAUUUGCCAACUCUUUAUUUCAACAGGGUUUCCAGAGCGGUCUCAUCAAGUCCCAGACGGACUACAAAGUUUACGCUGAGAACGGUCUACGCGGUGUUGACAUUGCCUUCUACAAGCCGAGAUCCUUGUACCACACGUUGCGGGACUCCAUUACUGGCACCUCUUUGGGAUCGCUCUGGCACAUGGAGAUCAAUGCCCUGAACCUCGUGGACGCUUUGGCAAACGAAAAUACACAAAUUAGUGAUGAUACUUCCCAAGCGGUGUUUUUUGACAUUCUCGGCAAGUUCUUCUUCUACUGCUCUGUCAACACUCUCUAUGUUCUGGACAUUUUCAUUGUGAGCAUUGUGCCGAUAAUCACCAUCAUUUGUGUGCUCAUUGUUGCCAGAAGAGGAACUUGGUACGUUGAGUUCGGUAGGGGCUGGCUGAGAUACCCAAUCAGUUUGCUAGCAUCCUACGCAUUGACUACAUUCGUGUCGAAAUACCUCUAUCUGAAUGACCCGGUCCUUCUUUCGAACGAUUAUAUCUCUCCGUUAUUGGCCUUAACAUCUUUGAACCUACUGUGCAACUACUUGAUUUUGAACUUCCUUGCUUGGCUGCGGCCUGUCCACGACCAGAAACUGGUCUGUUUGCUUGAGUUGAAUAUGAUUUUGUGGAUCGGGGCGAUUUGGAUGACAAUGAAGGAAAAACAAGAGCACAAUGUUGCAGGAUACAGUAUAACAAUUGUGCACUUACUGGUGUCUGUGUCGUCGAUAUUUGGCCUGAUCGGGCUGAUAGUUAAAAGGAGAGCUCCUCGCUACAGAAAAACAAUAAAACCAAGAAUUUAUGGAUCGAGCGAGGAGGAGCAGCAUCACUCUGAUAAUGAAAACAGCUCUCCAGCAGAGACAAUUCCGGAAUCCAACGACUCGGAGAAUCAGCCUUUGCUGCCGGCAGAGAACUCAUCCAAUAACAACAACUCCACCAUAGUGAUCAUAGAACACGAGUCAGAGGAAACGUACCAGCAGAAACUCAAACACGCGGCACUGCAAUCGUUCUCCUAUGACUGGUCGAUUCAGUUCCUUAUUUUAGUGCCAUUGUCGAUCUUUCUGAUCUACACAAAUGGUGAAUUGGUUUUACAAGCCCUGAAUCAGACUGUGCAGGAAUCCUCGUACUUCGGCAAGGUCACAAUGCAAAUUCUUGUUGGGGUGGCCGUCAGUCUCGGCGUUCCCGUGACCCCAUUCAUCCACAAGCUUAAUGUCGCACUGGUACUAUUCCUUACUGCCGUGUUGUUGGUGUGCUCUACGGUGUCAUACUUUGAAACCCCUUACUCUUAUACCAACCCAUUGAAGCUACGCUUUUUGCAGAGUAUUGACGAGACUUCGAAGGUGCCACUAGUCAAUCUCUUUGGCCGCGCUGGCUACAUUGAGCCGAUGCUUCGGGAUCUUCCUUCGCUGAAAGACAGUGGGAGCGCUAUUAGCUGCACUAUCAACAAUGAUUCAGGAACGGAGCGUUGUCAGUAUGAGGGCCCUCGUCCCUACCUUCUGGAUGGAACCAGUGCGGAUAACGAGUUUGCGCAUUAUUUGAGUGUCCAAGUUGUUAAUAAUUCGAAUAAUGGCGACGUUGUGGACAACUACACGCCAGUGGAGGUGGAUUUCCUCAUCAACGUGCAAGACAACAGAAACUGCAUUUUACGGUUCAACUCGUCCAACUACGACUCGCUCAAGUCCCCUCAUUCGGAAAAAAUGGUUUCACCAGUCAAGUUGGUUACUCUGUAUGUGGACGGAUACCAAUCUGUGCCGUUGUCUUCUGUUCCUUCUGGCUAUUCGACCGAUGAGGCCGGCAACCACCGCUUCAAGACAAUGAAAGGUAUUGACGAGAUCCAGCUGCACAAACUCAACUGGACGCAGCCAUACUACCACGUUGGUCUACAAUGGCUGCGCACUGCCUUUGAUGACGAUGAGGACAUCGAUAAGAGUACACAAUUGGGUGUGUCUGUGUCAUGCUACUGGGGAGAGUACGACGAGGAAGUCCGUGUCGACGACCACAAAGUCCGCAAGGUCAGGGCUCUGGACGAGCUGAUCCAGUACUCGCCGCGCCAUGUGGUCUACAGCAAUCUGGAACGUGGAUUGGUGGAGAUUAAUGCGCAUGUAAUUCUUUAG